UUGGAUGCGAAACUGUUAGUGAGUUUUUUGCAGUCAGUUUUUGCUGUUUCUGUUUUUAUAUGACAACAUGUUAAAAUUCUUUGCAAUGGAAAAAACUGUUGGAAAGAAUUUAUACAUUGUAAAUAUUUAUUAUGCAAUUAUUAGUUGAUGAGGCCCGUGAAAAAAUCAAUUUAAAGACAAGAAAAAUGGAAAAAAGAACAGUCACUAAAAGGACCUGUAAAAAAAACAGUUUUUUUUAAAAUUUGUAUACCGUUGCCUUCAACGUAUACAGUUCUUCAGACUCUGAUCAAGAAAAUUUGAUUCAAGGGUGUCCCUAGUUACCCAUGCAAUGAAAAAUGACUGACAUCAAUACUUCGUUUUCAAGUUCUUUGGCCUCAAAGUUAUAACUGCAAUGCAAUGGCUUCACUACUAAACGCACUGACGUCGUGACGUAAUGUCAGAAAAGUUAACAAAUUAGAGAUAACUUUUUCGGCGACAACAAAGGAAAAUGAAGAUAACCAGUUUGGUGGUCACAGACUUAACUUUUAUAUUAUUAUAUAGAUUGUUCGUACUUUUAGCAAUAGUUCAUUUCAUGUGUCCUUGGAUAAACUUUGUAUUGAUAUUUUUUUUUAGAUAACCAUGACCUCAAAAUUUUGUUAAAGAUGUGCAUUAUUCUUUUAAUCACGGUCUCUGUUUCAGAUUAUUCAUCUAAUUUCGUUAUUUUAAAUAGUUUAAUACAAAGUACCACAGUCUUGACAAAUCUCUUAUAAAUCAUUCACAAAUAUUUUUUAACUACUUUUACUCUCUGCAACAGACAGCUGUUUGUCUUGCCUAUCUUUUGUUUUGUCACUUUUUUGUUAAUUGUGUAUGUAUAUUCCCCAUAAUGUUUUCUAGUAAACAAAACCUGGAGAGGAGAGAUUUUUGUUGUAGCUGAGUAUGGCUACAACGAGAAUCGAAUCUUAUAAAAUUAUCACAGUUGGUGCAAGUGGUACCGGCAAAUCUGCAAUAUUGACUCGUUACGUUGACAACACCUUUGAUGCACGCAGCCCGUAUACAAGUAGCCCAGAUGUCAAGUUUAAGCCAGUUAAUGAGGAUGGCAAAAAUAUACAGUUGGUUCUGUGGGACACUGCAGGCCAGGAAAGGUUUAGAUCUAUUGUUCAUUCUUUUUACCGAGAUGCGGAUGGAGUAAUUUUAGUUUAUGACGUGACCAAACGGUUAACAUUUGAUAGGUUGUAUGUGUACUUGGAAGAUUGUUUUACACACUGUUCAAAACAAAACUUUGUUAAAAUACUAGUUGGCAAUAAGAUUGAUUGUGGACAGCGUUAUGUUUCUACUAGCGAAGGUCAAAGUUACGCAGACCGUCAUGACAUGAUAUAUGUUGAAACUAGUGCUGCUGAAAAUAGAGGUAUUGAAUCCUUGUUUUCCAAACUUAUUAAAAAAAUCCUCCAGACGCCUAGUUUAUCAAAAGAUCAUCAAAUCUGUGAUGUUGCUGGCCAACGUCAAGAGGAUAGUAAUAUUGUACCAUGCAAUAACACAAAUGUAUCACCAUUGCACAGACUGAGGGGACAAAUACCUGGACACGAACAACCUAAUCAAGUUGUUUCACAAACUGUUAGUCUUAGUACCAAAAAUGUCAGCCGUUCAUCAUGGUGCAGUUGUUAAUGAAUUGUCUAAUAGUGGUUAACCAACCAGUAAACUAUUUUUACUUUGUUUCAUCCAUAUUUUUUAUACUUUAUUUUGCUUUGUGACAUUUUCGUCGGACUUUAUUAAAGAAAAGGCAGGACACAGCAAAGCUGAUCUGCAAGCAGGCUAAUAACGUUUGAUUUCAUUGUUGCUAAUGUUACAUGUUACACAAAGAAAUAAUGUUUAUACGAUUUUAAAUUGACUUUAAUGAUAAACAAAUUUAAGACUACUUUACUUUACUUUGGAAUCUUUGAGUUUAGUCAAUUGGGAAUAAUCAAUUUUUAUGAAAAUAAAUUCCCUGAAUUAACAAGUUGAAUUCCUUUGCACUGUUUUAAAAAAGUUUAUUACGCUAUUUUAAAUGCACGUUUGUUUUAUAUUCAGUUAGUAAAAGAAUAUAUCAUUUUUAGAUAGAAAUAUAAAAACGUUUAAGUUUAACCAUAUAUUACCAGUCUGACUUUAUUGAACACUUGGUUAUGCCAUCCAAUUCUGAGAAGUAGAAUAAAUAAAUUUUGAGUCCAUAUCCCAAUGCUGUGGAAAUAAUCCUAUGUGAUCUAUGGCAAUACACAUUACUUAUAUGGCAAUACACAUUACUUAUAUGGCAAUACACAUUACUUAUAUGGCAAUACACAUUACUUAUAUGGCAAUACACAUUACUUAUAUGGCAAUACACAUUACUUAUAUGGCAAUACACAUUACUUAUAUGGCAAUACACAUUACUUAUAUGGCAAUACACAUUACUUAUAUGGCAAUACACAUUACUUAUAUGGCAAUACACAUUACUUAUAUGGCAAUACACAUUACUUAUAGAAAACCAAGUAAAGGGUCUAAGUUUGGGCUUUUAAAAUUGUAUUUAAAUUGUAUAGUUUUGAUUUCUAGUUUGUAGCAUUUUAUAUUUACUUUCGUCUUUAUGAAAAAUAUGAAAAACAAAAACUUACAACCUUAA